UAUACUAAAACAGGUUGACAUAAUGAAGAGUGAUGUCGGAUUGAUGAGGGGAUUGUUAAGAAACGUGGAUAGAAUGUUUUAUGAUUUGUAUAUGGUCAGCAAGUACUUUAGGUCGAUUUUUUCUUUGCAAAUGUUUCUGAACCUCAGUGCUACGUUUUGUUUCGGCUUGGGGUACUGCAUUUAUGUUUAUAACAGUUCGCUGACUGAAGUGAUUGAUAUGGUGUUUGUAGUCAUUUAUUCUGCCUUUCCGAUAAUUUUCAUCUUCGGUUGUGAUGCUACCAGAAAGGAAACCGAACGCGUCAUUGCCACGUGUCGGAAAAUUGGUGAAAAGUUCCAAGACAACCCGGAAAUCUACAGGGAAAUCCAGGCACUGGCCUGCAAAAUGGCCACCUUGAAGCACGGCUUUACCGCCAGUGGUUUUUUUCCCAUUAGGAGAUCGUUGUUGCUGUCAAUAUCCGGAGCUAUAGCUACUUAUUUCCUAACGUUUGAACAGAUAUGGCGAAAGGGGGAGAAAAAAGAGAAUAGUCAAACUAACUAAUAAGUUUUAUUAGUUAUUUCUUUUCAGGAUUGCGAAGUAACCAAAUAUGGAAUACCGUUUAGUUUUUGUGUUGUAUUAAAAAAUGUAUUGUAAAUAAAAGAAUAUUCUUAGAUAUUUAUCUGUCAUACAGUUGCACAUAACGUAAUAACUGUUUUCUGUUACAUGUAUUAAUUUAAAGUAUAAAAUUAUCUCAAAAACAAAUUGAACAUAAAGGCACCUAAAGAUGGAAUAGGUACCCAAAUAUGGACCACUAUAAAACGAAUACUUCAAACCAGAGUUGGCAUGAUUUAAAUCGUGAUUUAAAUCAAGUGAUUUUUUUAAUUUUAAUCAUGUGAUUUAAAUAAAAAAAAAUAAUUUUACUGAAACUUUAUAAUAAAUAAAAAAAUAACUGUAAAAGUUAUAAAAAUGUGUCCUAGAAAAUUAGAAAAAAUAUUUCUAUAACAGAUAAUAAAUCGAAAAAUAAUUGUAAAUGUUAUAAAAUUAUAUAAAAAUAUCUAUUCAUUUUGAAAUUUAUCUAUUGAUUUUUGAAAUAAUUUCGUGUGAAUCAAUUAAACCGCUAAAUGCAGGGUUUUAUUUUAAAAUUUAUGUAUAGGUAAGUCACAUAAAUUCGCUGUUCAAAUACAUAUCAUUCGCAAAGUCUAGUGCCAGAACUAGAUUCUUCUGAUAUAGAGACUAUAUCUUCAUUCCCGAGACUCUAUAAUCGUUGUCAGAAAAUGUGUUGUUUUAUUUUUUUUUUGAAACGGUUGUAUGUUUCCAAAUUCCUGCC